AAAACAAAUAAACAAUUAUUUCCAACGUUACGUGAUCAUUUCUUCGAGUUAUUUUCGGUAGUGCAGUAACGAUGUAUUCAAAUCGGAAACGCGAAAACCCAGAACAUGACAUUAAAGAAGAACCUGCUACCAAGGAUAUUAAACUCGAACCUGAUUGGGAAGAGAGACUUCUACAAGAAUUCCCAGACCUCGACGUGAAACCAAAACCAUCAAUAUUAUGGGAAGGAGAUGUGGUGAAAACUCCUCAAAUAAAGUUCCAAGAAACUCCCACGUUGCACACAAUCCAAGCAUCAAUACCAUUGGAACCACUCGUUCAGUUACCACCCGAAUCGCCACCAAUUCCAGAUGAUAACAUUACGGAACAAACAAUUGAUGAAAUGUUUGCGGACACCUUUGAACAGUUUCGAAAAAAUUUGAAGCAUAAAGAACGAGGUGUGAGCUCACUCAAACAUUUCCUCGACUUUCUCCCGCGAAACAUUCAAAAUAUGAACAAUGCAUUAAACAAUAAAUGUGUGGAAUAUGAGAGAGUCAAUAAAGAAGUUAAUAUGCUAAGAAAUGCCAAAGCGGUGCACGAUACAGCGUACAAUAAUUUCAAGACGUUUGUUCAAAGAGGACCCAGGGCUAUGUCUGGAUUUGUGCUGGAAGAAACCACUGCGAUUUUGGUACAGUUUGAAUCGGUAAAUCGACAAUUGGAUAUAAAACUGACGAAACUUGCGGCGAUCGAUAAGAAAAUUAGAGAUUUACAAAAUCAAGUGUUUGCGGCAAUGAAUGAUUAUCGAAAAAGCGAGAUAAUUUGCGAAAAUUAUCACCGACGACAUCGAACAUUCCAAACGAAUAUUCAUUCAUUUUUAGAUUCAUUCAAAACGACUUAA